AAGCAAAAAAAGAACUUUCGGCCGCCGAUAGAUGCCAGAGCCGCACUCAUAGAGAUUCUUUAUCUUCUUCUUUCCAUUCUUCUUCAUUUUCUUUUCUUUUCUUCUUCCUAACUAAAAGGACCACUCAUAUUCUUCUCUCUAUCACCCACAAAAACGCUUUCUUUGUAUUUUUCUCUCCAUUUCACUGUUAUUUCAGACACUCCACAAUGCUGCGUAAGCUUGUCUCAGGGCCACCCAAGAACAAGCCCGGCACCGUCCCCGUUCACCUCAACGUCUAUGAUCUCACCCCAAUCAAUGGCUAUGCCUAUUGGCUUGGCCUUGGUGUCUACCAUUCUGGGGUUCAAGUUCACGGUGUUGAGUACGGUUUUGGUGCACAUGAGCAUGACACAACGGGGAUUUUUGAAGUGCAACCGAAACACUGUCCUGGGUUCACUUUCAGAAAGUCGAUUUUCAUCGGAACAACAGAUCUGGGUCAGAAAGAUGUUCGGGCGUUCAUGGAGAAACUGGCUCAGGAGUACUCUGGCAACACCUAUCAUCUCAUCUCCAAAAACUGCAACCACUUCUGUAACGAUGUUUGCCUCAAGUUAACGGGAAAGUCAAUCCCUCGAUGGGUCAAUCGCCUUGCUCGACUUGGUCUUCUUUGCAACUGCGUUCUUCCCCCUGGGCUAAAUGACACGAAGGUUCCACAAGCUACAUCAGAGAGAGUUCAGGAGGGAGAAAAGAGGAAAAUAAGAAGUCAAUCCUGCAGGUACGAGGGUUCUUCGAAUCCUUCAUUGUCACGACGUUCGGCAAUUAAAAGUAGUAGCCAAAGACAUUGUCUUCCAGGAUCUACAUCUUUGCUUAAUGCUACUCCAGCCUCAACCUUAACAGUGAAGUAGUAAAGCUUUGACAAAUAUAGGGUGCAAGCAACCCCAGAUGAGCACGGAAGAAAGUUGUUUAUUUGGUUAAUCUUUCUGUUCUGAUGUAUAUCUGUAUGUCAAAUAGCUGAAUGGUUGCUUUGUUUUGUCUCUGUUCGUUGUAAAAUGGUUUCGUUCUUAGUGAAUGGAAAGUUCUUCUGUUUCU